AUGAGUAAUUUUGAGAGUCCUAAUGAGGUAAUUAGAAAUUCAAUCAUUAAAACUAGAAUUAUAAGUAUAAUAGAUAAAAAGGGUAUUUGAAAUGGGAACUGGCUAAUAAAGAUAUCAAUGGUGCAUUAGAUGCAUCAUAAUAGUAAAUUGAAAGAGGUUACUUAUCAAAGGAUAAAAAGGCCAAUAUAUUUGGAAUAGGUUCUGAAAAAUCAGGAUUACAGUCAGAAAAGAGUUUAGAUAAGUCAAAUUUAGAUGAACAUGUUUGUUGCAAUAAAUUAGAUGAUCUUAGUAGACAAUAUGUAUAAAUAUAAUUAUAUUAAGUAACUAAUCAUAAAUGAACAAAUGAAUAAAUUAACAGAAUUAAAUUACCUUAUUUAAUAACAUUCAAAAUUAUUGAUUGAAUCCUAUAAUCAAGGAUUAGAAGAUGCUAAAAGUGCAAAGAAUAAGGAAUAGUAGAUACUAGAAAAUAAUAGAUUAUUGAGAGAAAGAGAUCGAUUAAUUUAAGAAUGGGAAGAGAAAUACAACAAAGAAAAAAAGUUGGGAGAUGAAAAAGAGGAAGAGAUUAAGUAAAUUUAAUUUUAAAUAUUUAAAGAGAAUUAGAAAGUAGGAUAAAAGAAUUGUCUAUUAAUAUAUCUGUUACAUCUAAUACAGAAGAAUUAGAAGUUGAAAAAAAUUAGUGGAAAAAUAAAUUUAUUUCUUUAAAUAAACAAUUUAAUGAGACAGAAUAAUAAGUAGUAGUAUUGGAAAAUGAAAUUGAUAUGUUAAAACAGUAAUAAAAAAAGACUGAAGUUAGAGUAAAUAUAAUAAAAUAUCUAUUUAGACUACAACAAGAAGGAGAACUAUUGCAAAAGAAAUAUCAUAACCUUGA